AUGGAGAAAACAAAUGAUGAAAAAUCAGUCACAGUAACGAUCAAUAAGAUGGACGGGGAAGGCGUUCUGAAAUUUGAUAUCUACAGAAAAACGAUAGAACAAUUAUCUAAUGAUGAAAACGGCCAGCUGGAAAAGAAAUCAGUACUUAGAAAGAUCUUCGGAGUAGUGUGCAGUCACGUAGUCUGCAACACCCCCGAGAGCUUGAAUUUAAUUACAGGCAAAACAGCGAACUGGCUUGCAGCAGCGAUGUUUUAUAAUAUUAUAGAAAGCAGCGAGGACGCGUGGAGCACAAUUGAGAAAGCCAUGGAAAAGACCAACAGCAAAUUCCAAGAGAGAAACGCAGCUAGAGAUGAUUCGAAGACGGCAAACACGGGGAAUCUAGCAGAAAGGGAGGAUGUGCAAAGAGCCAAGAUGUUUAUAGACGUGCUAACGAAGGAUCUGGAGAAGCAGCUGAAGCAGGCGACUGCGUACAUGCAAUGCAUUGUAAACCCGCAGCCAGUAAACGGCAGUACACGCCCCAUAGAAAGAGCAGGCAUUGAGUCUAUGGAGUGGGUUUACAAGUUUAUCAUGAACACCAAGGACCAUCCGCUGCUAAUGGCUUUCAACAUAAAGAAACUAGACGAUAUUUUCCCGGAGGUGGCCAUGGCAGAUAGAAAUAUGGAGUUUGGCUCACAGGAGGAGCUUGUGGCGGAGGUAAACAACAGGCUGCAGCGCCUAAGAGAGGAAGUGAACAGAGAAGGGCUCUACACAGUAUUCUUGGUGAGCAACAAUGAGGAGUUUAUAGAGUUUGCAGACGACAUUAUGAAGAGAAAAUCCGAGAACAUAAAGAAGUACAGGAAGGAGGACAUGGCGGCCAUUCUCACAGGCAUAGUCCAGACACUUAAGCUGGACGUCUCUAGCCAGGAAAUAAGAAGAAAUGUUGACCUUGUGCUCGCCAGGAAGGGGUACAUCCGCAGAGCGAGCGAGUUCACGGUUUCAUUGCCCGGCAAAGCGUACCGAUCUGUGACAGAGACCAUUUACAGCAUAGCAAGCGGUACUUCGAGCUUUUUAGUCCGCAACCGGACAAGGAUAGCCUACCUAGCGUUGUUUUUGGCGUUUUCGGCGAUAUGGAUAGUUAUAUUAGACUUUAUGACCGAGCCCGAAGUUCCUGUUCAAGACGACACAUGGUGGUAA